AUGGGUCGGACAGUCGACCAGGAAGUUCACGCGGCGUUCGUCGAGUUCCGCGCCAAGGAAGACGAUAAGUGCCUUUCCGUCCAGUGUAUCUAUUGCCAGCAGAUCCGCGCAAAGAACACCUCGCGUCAGAAGCAGCACCUGCUCGAAUGUCCCGGCCUCCGCGGUCACACCAACCCCCAAGCUCAAUCCCAGUCCGCUCAAUCCGCUCCUAAUGGCAUCGGUCCGGCCAACGGAUAUCCUCCUACUCCCAACGGUGCUGCGGCCACUGCGCCGGGCGCCGGGCCAGGGCCUGGUGCCCUCGCGACCCCGAACGGGCCCAUGAUGUCCAACGGCGUCAACCCACAUACCACCCCGAUGCAGACGCCGCUGCAGAACAUGCAAGGUCGCGCUUCCCUGCCGACGUCAGGCCCUGCCGGGGCCACCUCCACGGCCGCUGCCGCGCAGCAGGGCCCUCGUGCGACGCCCAAAGCCAAGCCGAAGAACUCGUCCUCCAGUCUCCCCGCCCCGCCCCUCGAUGAUGUGCAUGCCGCAUUUGUGGAGUUCCGUGCGAAGGAGGAAGACAAGUGUCUGUCCGUCCAAUGCAUAUACUGCCAGCAGGUCCGCGCGAAGAACACCAGUCGACAACGUCAACACUUGCUGGAAUGUGCCACCUACCUCAGCGUCAUGAAGGAUUCGAUCCCCGCCAAUAACCUCCUCCACACCUUCCCCGAGGGCGAUGUGGCCCGCUCGCUGCAGAUCCCCGCGCCUACUCUCGAGUUGGAUUUCCGCAUGAGCAUCAAGAUGAACCCCAAGGUCGCUGUGGGUGAGAGUAUCUGGGGUCAGCGUGACUGGGUGACAUUUGUGGGAGGGCAAUGGGCUGGUAGAUGGGGCAAGGGCAUCAUUCUGCCUGGAGGACAGGACUCUCAGAUCGUGACCAAGGAGGCAUCCACGAGCCUUCGAGCGAGCUAUAUGCUUCAGACCGCCGACGAUCCACCCGCGUACAUAAUCGUGAAGACCAACGGAUGGUUGACCGGUUCCAAGGACGUCUUGGAUAAGGUCAACGACCCCGGUGUCGCCGACGGUAUCAACCCCAACACGUAUAAAUAUCGCAUCAACCUUUCGAUGGAGACCGGAGAUGAACGUUAUGCAUUUUUGAACACUUUGAUGUGGAUCGGCAGUGGUUGUCGCCGGGGCCAGGAAGUUAUUUUCGAUGCUUUCCGCGUCAACUGAUCUGCCGUGACAUCGCAGCUGUUUUGUCCGUUAUUAAGCGAGUAGCAAAUUUGAUUUCAUGGGGGAAAAUCGCGUCCAUCUUCUCUCUACUCUUAGGGAACUCAUCUUUACUAUCUGUUCCCUUUUUUUCCCUUGUCCAAUUCAUAUCUCUCAUCCCUCUCCGACGAGGUUGCGUUGAGUGGUGUUUAUGAAAGUUGCGACUUUGUGUAAUCCUCCUUAACCUUUCAUGUCUUUCACAGAUGUGGGAUAUAAGUGACAUUAUCCCCACAUCAACCAACUAAAUCAAGCCACAAGUCUGCUUGAGGUGUUUGUUGGCACAGCACAGCAGCAUUGCAGCGGGG